AUGGCAGCAAAUCAUGUUUCUACAUCCAUGUUUUCCUAUACUCCUAACCAAGUUCCCAUAUUUGAAGGAGAGCAUUUUGAUUAUUGGAGUAGUCAAAUGGAGACACUCUUCAUUGCGCAAGAUUUGUGGGAAGUUGUUGAAGAUGGAUUUCCGGAACCUGAUGAUAAUGAAGAAGAAGAAGAAGAAUGGACGGAGGCUCAAAAAGAUUACAAGAAAAAUUUACGGAGAGAUGCAAGUGCUCUUAGAUUUAUACAACAAAGAUUAAGUAAGACCAUAUAUCCUCGAAUUCACGGUGUCAAAAGAGCCAAGGAAGCUUGGAAUAUCUUAAAUGAGGGAUUCCAUGGCAAUGACAAGGUGACAUCUCUAAAGCUUCAAUCUCUUUGGAGGGAGUUCGACAAUUUAUCAAAAAAAGAUAAUGAAGUUAUGCAAUUCUAUCUAACUCGAGUCUCCGAAAUAGUAAAUCAAAUCAGAAGCCUUGGCGACACAAUUGAAGAAAAAAAAGUUGUUCAAAAGGUCCUUCGAAGCCUUCCCGCGAAAUAUGAUUAUAUUGUUGCCGCUAUUGAAGAAUCAAAAGAUUUGUCUAAAUAUACUUUUAACGAUUUGAUGAGUUCCCUGCAAGUACAUGAAGAAAGAAUUGGCAGUGGCAAGAAGGCAGAGGAGUAUCUUCCCAAGGAAGAGGAGGUUCUUUCCAAGGAAGAGGAGAAUCAUCACGAGGAUGAGGAGGAUCAUUUCGAGGAAGAGGAAAAGGAAGAGCACAAGGCAACCAAUCAAAAAACUAUGACAAAAAUCCAAAUCGUCAAGCUGGAAAUGCAAAUAUUUUUUGCAAAAUUUGCAGAAAAUCAAAUCAUGAAACGAAUGAUUGCUUCUACAAAUGCAAGAGAUGUAGAAAUCCUAACCACUCUCAAAGAGAUUGUUAUUACCAGAACAAAGAUGAGAAGGAUGAUGCAAACUUUUCCAAAGAUGAAGAUGAACAGCUUUUCUCUUGUAUGA